AUGUCGAAAUCCUGGAAGUCGACCUUGAGGCUGCCUCGGUCGAGCUUCCCUGCUCGUCCGAACCCCACGCUCCUUCAGCAACAUCUUCGCCAAUGCACUGAUGAUCUCUACGUCUGGCAGACCCAGAACCGCUCCGAUGAGAAGCCAUUUGUCCUCCACGAUGGUCCCCCAUACGCCAAUGGCAACCUCCAUGUUGGGCAUGCUCUGAACAAGAUCCUCAAGGACAUGAUUGUGCGGGUCAAGGUGCAGCAAGGGCGAAGGGUGGUAUACCGUCCGGGUUGGGACUGCCAUGGACUUCCUAUCGAGAUGAAGGCUCUUGGGUCAAGUGCUACAAAAGGCUUGACCCCAGUGCAGAUUCGGGACACGGCGCGGCGCCUGGCCUCCAAGACAGUCAAGGAACAGAUGAAGGGAUUCCGAGCCCUCGGGGUCAUGUCCGGCUGGGAGAAGAAGUGGACUACAAUGGAUCGCGAGUUUGAAAUCCGACAGCUGCGCGUCUUCCAGAACCUGGUUCGUCGAGGUCUGAUCUACCGCAAGCACAAGCCCGUCUUCUGGUCGGCGUCAUCCCAGACUGCGCUUGCAGAGGCUGAGCUCGAAUAUCGGGAUGAUCACGUCUCGAAGGCUGCCUAUAUUAGGUUCCCGAUUGUCUCUGACUGGUCUUCGAUUCCCGAGCUUGGUAAUUUUAAGGGCAAACUAUAUGCGGCUAUCUGGACAACUACUCCUUGGACACUCCCGGCGAAUCGCGCCAUUGCUGUGCAUAACGAUCUCACCUACUCGGUCAUUCAAGUCGGCUCAGAUGGCUACCUUAUUGCUUCUGACCGUGUGGAAGCUAUGAAACAGAUGUUGCCUCCUUUCGAAGUCGUGGUUGACUCUAUCCGCGGUUCUGACUUGAAGGGUCUCGAGUAUCACAACAAGCUGCGGGGUCAGUCUUCUGGUUCACAACUCAUCAUCGAUGCCGACUUUGUUACUGCUGAUUCUGGAACCGGUCUUGUUCAUGUUGCUCCUGGACAUGGACAGGAAGAUUAUGAGGCUUGCGCCAAGUUUGGUAUCGAGGCUUUUGCUCCUAUCGACGACAGUGGCCACUUCACCAAGGAAGCCUAUCCUGACGAUCCUGAGAAACUCACCUCUGCUCCUUCGAUUCUUGACGGUGGAAGCCAAUCAGUUCUGGAUUUGAUGAAUGAUGAUGUUCUUGACACACACAAGCUGCGACACAAGUAUCCCUACGACUGGCGGACAAAGCGACCUGUUGUCAUCCGUGCUACGGCCCAAUGGUUUGCUGAUGUUGGUAGCAUUAAGGAAGACGCUCUUGCGGCACUUCGAGAUGUUCGAUUUGUCCCUGAGGGCGGCCGUGUCCGUCUCGAGAGCUUUGUCAAGGGUCGCAGUGAAUGGUGCAUUUCUCGUCAACGCUCCUGGGGAGUUCCGAUCCCCGCUCUCUACGACGAGAGUGGAAAUGCGGUGAUGACAACGGAGACAAUCGAGCAUAUCAUUUCUGUUAUGCAGGAGCGUACCUCUUCUGCUUGGUUCUCCGAUAGUCCUGAUGACCCGGCUUGGAUCCCCCCGACAUUGACUGGCAAAUACCGACGAGGCACUGAUACUAUGGACGUUUGGUUUGACAGCGGAAGUUCCUGGACGGAAACUGAAGGACCUGCCGAUGUCUAUCUUGAGGGAUCUGACCAGCACCGCGGCUGGUUCCAGUCAAGUCUGUUGACUUACGUGGCGUCACAUAAGUCAACAGAUAGCACCAGCAAGGUCGUGUCCCCUUUCAAGACUCUGGUUACCCAUGGAUUUACCCUCGACGGACAGGGCAAGAAGAUGUCCAAGUCCCUUGGAAACAUGAUUGUCCCUGACCAAGUUAUGGAUGGCAGCCUUCUUGGACCCGUCAAGGCAAAGGGCAAGGGCAAGGGCGGCCAGCGGUUUGAUGGCCUCGGCCCCGAUGCUGUUCGUCUGUGGGCAGCAAGUGCUGAUUUCACCACGGAUGUACUCAUCGGACAGACAAUUCUCCAGCCCAUUCACACUGCGUUGAUCAAGUACCGGACCAUCAUCAAGAUGCUUCUGGGUUCGCUUAACGAAGAGGCCCGGCAGAGCCAAUUGACAAAACUGGAUCAAAUCGCACUGGUUCAACUCUCGGAUACUAUGUCCCAGGUCAUGGAGUCCUACGACAACUACGAGUUCCACAGAGCGACCGGCUUGAUUAACCGCUGGGUCGCAACAGACCUGUCCGCGUUCUACCUGGAGGCCCUCAAGGACCGUCUUUACUGUGGCGAUGGAGGUGGCAUUUUGGAACCCGUAUUUAUCGGAUUUUUGCGCAUGCUGGCACCGAUCACUCCUCUACUGGUUGAGGAAGCGUGGUCGCAUCGGCCAGCGUGGAUGGCGGAAGACACAUCCCUGGAGAACCCGGCACGACAGCUGUACAGCUCUCCCCUAGUUGACCCUCUCCGCUUCACAAUUCCACAAGACGUGUUGCGCAAUGAUACAGCCGUCAUCUCGGAGGUGCACAGCGCCGUCAAGGCGACUCUGGAGCAGGCUCGGGCCGACAAGGUACUUGGCAGUUCCCUCCAGUGUUCGGUCAACCUGGUGGUGGAGGAGGGCAAGACCUUGGCCGUUCUUGGACGGUACCUGGAUGAGCUGGAGACCAUGUUUGUGGUGUCAUCCGUCGAGGUGAACCAGCCCGUCUCUGAGAAUGCAGACUGGUCUUACUCGCAAGAGUUUGAGAUCCAGGACGCCAAAGUCAAGGUGCACGUGCAGCCGCCAAAGCAAGAGAAGUGCUCUCGGUGCUGGCGAUAUGUGGCGCCGGCCGAAGACGCCUUGUGUGGCAGAUGCGAACAUGUUGUUGGCGGGCUGCCAGCCUCGGCCUGA